CUUGUGUUGUGGAGGUAUCGAAGCGAGCAUCAUGUGGUUUUGGUGGCAUUUCAAAGGAAAAUUGCUUAGCACGUAACUGUUGCUACAACACUACAACCCCCAACUCGCCAUGGUGCUACCUCAAAGCCGGGGCAAAAACAAACAAGUGUUUUAUCAGAGAGRUGAAUCGAGAAAGCUGUGGCCCUGCAGGAAUACCAGAAAAGGACUGCUUGAAAAAAGGUUGCUGCUUUGAAACACUUGUCGACCAGCCAAGCACUUGUUUCUUAGCUAAUGCUCCAAGCUCACCAGAAUGUGGUGCAAUCACUCUAUCUAAACGAGUUUCGUGUGGUUUUAGCGGAAUCACGAAGCAAAAUUGCUUAUCAAGRAGAUGUUGUUUUGACAGCACAAAUCCUCAUGGAGUUUUUUGUUUCGAAAAACCAGGAGCUGCAGCAAGGAAGUGCUUUGUAAAAGUUGAAGAUCGAAAACAGUGCGGUGCCAAGGGAAUAGCGGAGAAAGAGUGCUUGGCUAAUGGAUGCUGCUUUGAUACUUCUUUUAAAAAUGCAAUUACUUGCUUUUUUGUCAACCCUCCCGCACGUUGUCAUGUUCCACCUGAACGUCGCAAAAAAUGUAACGAGAAAAAAGAUAUUUCCAARGGAAAUUGUCUGGACUAUGGUUGCUGCUUUGACGAUGGGACCAAGGAGUGCUACCUUGAUCCUUAAAAUGYUUAAACCCAGCGAAAUGCAGACCAAAUAGAUUGAACAUUUAAUGAAUAUUGGGUUAUUGUUGUUCUAAAGUUGUCAGUAACUGUAAUGAAUCUAAAUAAAAAGUGGCAUUU